GCGCAUAGGUACUUUUUGCGGGUUUUUUUGCGGGCAGCCGUGCGGAGGAGGAGUCAUCCGAUAAAUGUGUCGCUGAGGGGAAGCAGCGAGUAGUAAUGCGAGGUUCUCCUUCCGCUGUCCGUGUGUGCAGAGCGCAGUCUGAUAUCGCUGGGAGGAAUAUGUCGUGUGGGCUGUGGAAAGAGACCCUGGCUCUGGCAGAGGACUACCUGUUCCUGUGUUGCACAAGCCCACGGGCAGCCCCUCCACCUCCCAGCGAGUCAGCCGCUGCCAUAAGGCGCUUGGCCCAGGACAUGGAGGCGCAGCACCAGGCUCGCUUCAACUCCCUCGCUCAGACCUUCCUGAAGCAGUGCAGCUCGGACCUCUGCACCAGCCUCAGGAAGGUGAUAGAGGAGCUGGUGGGAGACGGACACUUGAACUGGGGGAGGGUUGUUUCUCUUUUUACUUUUACUGGGGUGCUGGCCAGACAACUGCAGGAGCAGAAGGCCACAAGGCCGGGGCUGGACCCUGGGCAGGGGCAGGGGCAGGGGCUCGUACACUGCAGAGGACUGGCAGAGACCAUAGCUGAUUACCUGGGAGAGGAGAAGAAAGACUGGCUGCUGGAGAAUGAUGGAUGGGAGGGGCUCUGUAAGUUCUCCCGCAGUGCCAGAGAAGUGAGUCAGGACUCGUCCAUGAAGACAGCACUGUUUGCUGCUGCAGGUGUGGGCCUCGCUGGACUCACCUUCCUCCUGGUGCGCUAGCCAGCCUUCUGCACCGUGAACACAUCCUCAUCCACGUUCUCCUUUUUCAUUUGGCACGAGUAGACAGUUAAGUUCUAACAUCAGCGCUGCAAGAAACCAGCUUAAAUCUGUAGUGAAUUCAGGGUUGUAAUCUUACGUCAUCAACUGAAUGUUUGCACAUACUCAAACGAUGCUGGCAUUUUGUCACUUGCUCCUUAAGAUUGUACAAAAAAAAAAUCUCAAGGCCUUCAGAAAUUUUGGAGUAGGUGGUGUCAGUUUGCAUAUCUUUAGACAAGAUAAUUACUAAAGCACAGAGUCAUCUUUUCUUUUUGAACGUUUGUAUUUUCAGCUACAGCUAAAAGACUUCUUUUCAGUUUCCCCCCCUCACAUGUUUUGAUUUCAAAAUUGUCAGCUGCCUUUUUAUUCACGUGUUUACCUGAGUUGUGUAUGUGGUAUCGAGCCAUUCUAGUGUACAAUGUAUAAAUUAAUAUAUUAUAUUUAUAUGGAAUUAAACUGUAAGCAGUGGCCCUCCUUUUCUUUUUUGAACUGAUCCACAGCUAAUUCAGUUGUUUAAUUUUUCUCACGUCUGUCCAACAUGUGAAAUGUCUUAUGUGGGUCAGCAGAGCUCUACAGACUUGAUGAAGACGGUGCUACGAUAUGUUUUGAAUUCUCAUAUCAACAAACCAGGGACCAAUCUGACUUUAAACAUAAUGUUAUUACAUGUAGAACAAACAAUUGCUGUGGCACCCCCCUCCACAGUCCUCUUAAACAUUAUAUUUUUACAUUUGUUUUGUUCUAUUUAUUUGUCACAGGUUUUUUUUUAAAUAAAGAAGCAAUCAAACAUUU